AUGCCUCGUCUCGGUGAUGAUGGCCUGGAGGAGGAGGAGACCCUCCUCUCGUACAGCACCAAGAAGACGCGCCGCAUAGUACACGGCUUCAUGGACUUUGCGACUCAGGGGAACAUCCUGGAGAUCGCCUUCGGAUUGAUCGUCGCCGCGGCCUUCACAAACGUGGUGACCAGCUUCGUCAGCGACAUCCUGCUGCCGCCGCUGUCGGUGCUGCUGCCGCUCAACGCGAACCUGGACCUCAAGUUCGCGGUACUGCAGGCGGGGCCCGGCUACUACAGCCAGCCGCACGGCUACAGGACCAUCGAGCAGGCGCAGGCCGACGGCGCCGUCGUCAUGGCCUACGGCGUCUUCCUCAACAAGACGCUCAACUUCAUCGGCCUCGGCACCGCGCUCUACGCCCUCGCCGGCCUGUACCAGUACCUGAGCAAGGACCCCAUCAUCAAGCACAUGGUCAAGUGCCGCUACUGCCGGAAGAGGGUGAAUGAGAAGCACAUGGCAUCAGGGGCAGAGGCCGAAGCUGCUAUGAAUCCCGUCUCGAAUCUCGCCCUAACCUAG